UUGGUCAAUGCAGUGUAAAUGCAACGAGAACAACGAACACAAACAUGAAGUGUCCAAACACAAACUUCUGGUGGAGCAGCUGAGAUCCACAUGACACACUAUUAUAAAGAUGGCGUUUAUUAAAGAGGAGAGCGAAGACGUGAAGAUUGAAGAAACAUUGAGAGUCAAACGAGAAGAUACUGAGGAACAAACAGACCUGUUGGUGCUGAAAAUGGAGAGUCAAGAACUGAAUGAAAUGGAAGAAAAAAAUCAAUACAAGAAACAUCAUGAUUUCGUGACUGGAGAGAAAUCCAAUCAAAAUGAAAAGACUUCCUCACAAAAAAGGGCUCAGAAAACCAUGUCUAACGGUUCUUUCACUUGCCAUCAUUGUGGACAGAGUUUUACACGUAAAGAAAACCUUAAAGCCCACAUGAGAAUUCACACUGGAGAGAAGCCUUAUACAUGCCAACACUGUGGACAGAGUUUUGCGCAUAAAGGAAACCGUAAUGCCCACAUGAGAAUUCACACUGGAGAGAAACCUUUUACCUGCAAACUGUGUGGGAAGAGCUACUCACGAAAAGAAUGUCUUAAGACUCACAUGAGAAUUCACAUUGGAGAGAAGCCGUUCGUAUGUGGUCAGUGUGGAAAGAGUUUCCGAUGUAAAGUUAACCUUAAUCAGCAUAUGAGGAUUCACUCGAGAGAGAACGGUUUUACAUGUCACCAUUGUGGAAUGAGUUUCACAGACAGGAAUGACCUUAAGAAUCAUGUAAAUACUCACAUCAGAGAGAAGCCUUUCAUGUGCCAUCACUGUGGAAAAGCUUGCAUAAGCAAGUCAAUCCUUGAGAUUCACAUUAGAGCUCACACUGGAGAGAAGCCUUUCACCUGCCCUCAAUGUGGAAAAGGUUUCACACAUAAAGGAAACCUUAACAUUCACAUGAGGCUUCACACUGGAGAGAAGCCUUUCAAAUGUCUUCAGUGUGAAAAGAGUUUCACAUAUCAAAGAGACCUGAAAUGUCAUUUGCAAACUCAUUCUGGAAAGAAAUUGUAGUGUUCAACAGCGUGGCAAGAGGUUUUAAAUACAGCAGUUUCAGAAAUCGCCUGCAUUUUGGAGAAAGGCCAAUUAAUUUGAUUCAGUGUAAUAACAAUAUCAUGCAGAUUUUGUCAUCACCUAUAGAUACACCUUAAAAGUCAUCCAGA